AUGGGGUUCGAAAACCCAUUGCUGCUGCCAUUGGUGAGAUCGGCUUAUGUUAAAUUCUACUUGUCUAAGCAGCGUGGAGUUCCUAUUGAACCGGAUAUAUUCACCUGUAGAGCUUGUGAUGCUGACUACCAGGUUGAGGUGAGGGCUCUUGACAGGGAUAGACUGGCGCUGGUCACUACUAAAUGGACCAACCUUGGAGCUGGCCUUGAUCCUGAGGAUAUCCGGUGGAAGAAGAAUAACGAGAAACAGCGUGCCGUCGACCUGGAACCUGUAAAGUCGUCGUCUAAGGAGAAUGUAUCCCUGUUUGAGGAUGCAGAAGGCCCACCACUGGCAUCCUUAACUGACAAAAACGAAUCAUACUUACUCAACAAUAAUUAUAGAUAUUCGUUAGGUCAUUUGUGGCCAGGAGUCUGGAUGACGCUAGGCGGAAAGCAUCUUCAGUGGUACCAUUUCUUUUACUAUUUCUGUUAUAAAGAGGUCGGAAUGAUCGUUAAGUUCUACGUCGACCCGCCACUAUGGACUGGUACCAUUGUGCUUUACCUUGCGGUUUAUUACUGCAAUCUACUGGGACUCUUUUAA